UCUCACGCUCAUGCGGUUCAGCAUCGCUCCGCCCCUUCCGAGCCUGCUGCAGGCAUGUCUACCCGGUCCAAGGUGGUGCUGGGCAUCUCGUUGGUGCUGACCGCGGGUACGGUGAUUGGAGUGCAUGGGAUGCAGAACCUGGAAAGAGAGAGACUGCGUGAAGGUGUAUUUCGAGACUUUGAAAGGCAAAGACGGAAACAAGACAACUUGCGCCUUCUUAAUGAUCAGAUUGAGUUAACCAAACAGCUGGAGUCUGAACGGGAGAAGUUUGCUUUAAGCGAAGCAUCUAACAAAUCAUAACUCCAGACUUCUGCUGGGAACGAGGACUGUUCAGUCUUAUCAUUUGUGACUUUUAUAUACAUUUUCCACAUGGCGAUCACACUCAGAGUUGUCAUUGUU